AUGGAUACUUGUGCAGGCCAACCGCAAGCCGUUAAGACCGAUUGGGUGAAUGCGCAAGCAAGUGGCGACUAUUUUACUGUCCGCCAAGUCGACCAGUGGUACAUAACACCAGCGCGAGAAGCUCAUGUCCAAGAGCUUGUCGAAAGCUUCCCUCGUGCCCAGGCUGUUCAGAACGGCCGUGCCGCCAGUACAACAGCUCCUGUCUCACGCUGUUCAGCAGUCAAUGCCAUGGAUUAUCAAGAAAACCAUUUGCCAGCACACUAUCAUGGGAGUGCUGAUGAUAUUUCCGAGGUCCUGGGGACACAUGGCACAACAGCGGGCACCGGUGCCAUCAACGAUACCGACAAUGACAUGUCCGUCUUUCCCUAUCCAUCUUCGACAGCUCCCACACACAUGACAUCGCAGGCCACGACAUUCGGCAUUAGUUCAACGGGCAAUCUUGACCCAGUAACUCUCCACGCUGGCCCUGGCUGGCAUUCUUCUGAUCAGAGUCCCAUUUAUAGCGGCGACGAGGCUGGUUCAAUGGCUGCCCACUCGUCCCUGAACCCCUUCAAUUUCCAACAAGAGUACAGCGAUGAUACCGAUCAAAUUCAACACCAGGAGCAGGCUGUGAUGUUCAGUAACGGCUAUGUCGCGUCGCCAAUAGCCACCUCACACUUAGCGAUCCCAUACGCAUGGGACAUAGUGAACCCAGCAAACUUGCAGCCCGAGAUCGGUGGAUUUCAUCAAUCCUCGCCAGCUGGCAGAGCAGCUCUGGGGCUUUUCGGCACAGACCAAAGUGCCGAAUCGUAUCCGGACCAACACAGCGGACAGACGCUCGAAUACUCCGAGUCGGGUAUUGGACGAAAUGGAACCAGUUCACUGCCUGGCGAUGCAGCCGAGACAACAAAGGGCAGACCACAUAUCAAAAGAGCAAAGACCACAUCACGUCAGACCUCGUCUAUGUCUGCCAACAGCUCUGCAAAUGCCAAGGGGAUAGCAUUGGCACCCAUUAUGCCUGCAUCGGUCGUUGGGAGCUCCAGAGGUAGCACUCGUUCCAGUACAGGAAGCAAGAUGCGUUUUGCAACGCGCGCAUCCAACAACUUGGCGAACACGGCGGCCAUGACGAAUAUAGCAAGCCGGGUAUCAGAAAUACCAGAGGAUGGCAAAACAAAGGGCUCCCAUAACCUGGUUGAAAAACAGUAUCGAAACCGAUUAAACGCUCAAUUUGAGGGACUGAUGAGUGCGCUCCCUGAGACUCUGAAGUCGCAAGGAGGAAGCGCAGAGUUCGGCGAGGCGAACAAUCCCGACGCCGCGGACAGACGGAUCAGCAAAGCCGAAGUCCUGGAUAUGGCCCGAAUGCACAUUCAGAACCUGGAACAGGAGAGGGAUUUGCUCGCUCGUGAACGAGAUGGGCUGCGAGAGACCGUGGAAAAAUUGAAGAACGACCUUAUCGAAGAAUCCGGAUCCGCUCAAGGUGUUAUGGAUGACUGA